CUGAAGAUAUUUCAUAGACUUGAUGGGUGCAAGUUGAAAUUUGAGGAGAUACAGGAAGCAAUUGCCUCAAAGUUUUCGUCAGAGCCCACUAUGAGUAUUGGGCCUCCACCAAUAACAGCAAUUGGUUAACGAUCCGCCACGUGGCUAAAUCAGUGCCGCUUAGGAAAAGGUGGUCCCACUCCUCUUUCCACCCAAAAAAAACCCAUUACCUGCCACUCAAAAACUCUACGCUUCUAAACGGAUAACAUAAUUAAUUACACUCAUUUCCCAUUCCAACACACAUGGCAUCCAUUCCCCUCCUCUCGCCACCCGCCGCUGCUACCACGACCGCCGCCGCCGCCUGCAGCAACCAAUCCUGCUCCCUUCCCCACUUCCCACUCUUCUCCAAGUCCCACCGUCGACUCACGCGCCUUCACGUGUCCUCCCCCACUAACAACCCCCGCACUACCGCCACCCCCACCACUCCCCCCACCUCCGGCGAGACCAUAUUCUUCGACGGCGGGGCCCACUACGGAGACCUCGUGGCGAACCUUCUUCUGGGAUUCACCCUCUUCUGGCUCCCCCUAACCCUAGCGGCAGUGUCACGCGCCAUGUACCUGCGGUACAGGUUCACCAACCUGAGGGUGACGGUGAUCUCGGGGCUGACGGGUGAGGAUCGAAGCGACUUUGGGUACAGCGUGGUAAAGGACGUGCAGGUGGUGCCACGUUUGAUCGGAGAGUGGGGUGACGUUAUCAUAACCCUGAAGGACGGAACGAAGGUGGACCUUAGGAGUGUCCCUAAGUUUAGAGAGAUCGCGAAGUACUGCCUGGAAAUGGCGCAGAAAUCCCAAGUUUUGAAGGAAAGUGGACCCAAAGGUUUUUAGUUUCCCUACUUCUUCUAUUCUUUCCUUCUUUCUUUCUUAUACGCCUUCUUCUGCCGCACUAUCCCUCUUUCUAUACUUAAAUGUAAAUUUCUAUUUCAUUUUCUUCUGUCAAAUUGAGGUUAUUUGCAAAAAUAUCAAGAGAAAAAUGGCAUAGAGAAGAUGAACGAGAGUAGAAAUGUUGAUUGGA